UGGACAAUGAAAAACCUCCAGGGACUGCUGAGAAAUGUUUCACUGUCCUUCAGAAAAGGUUCUUUGCCAAGUGCUUUAUUUGUCAUGUCUGCGCGUCUCAAGUACUCCGCUGUCUUCCGCGGUCGUGUUGGAUGGUGGAUGCACGCCCUCUUUCGUCGAUCUUCGUCAUUUUCAUCCUUAGGUUUGAGUAGAAACCCAACAUUUUUCUUUGAAUCAGUGUCGGUGACCGGUUCUCUUAACCGACGAUGCAGAUUCACAGAUAAUGCAUCAGUCUUGAAGCCUGGAAAUCUUUCAGAUUAUGUUUGUGAAAGCAGUGACAAUGAAACAGCAGACGUUAUUUACCAAAGCUUUAAGCUCUACGAAAACUUUGUGUCAAGGGCAGAAGAAAACUGCCUCUUGGAAGAAAUCAACGAUUAUUUGGAAGACCUUGACUAUGAAUAUGACCACUGGGAUAAUCAAAUUCAUGGUUACAGAGAAACUGAGAAAUCACGAUGGUCAACAAAGAGCCAGUUAAUCCUGCAGCGGAUCAGAGAAACUGCCUUUCCCAGUGGAGAGCAACAGUUACCAUUGGUACAUGUACUAGAUCUGGCUAAAGAUGGAUACAUCAAGCCACAUGUAGAUAGUGUGAAGUUCUGUGGCUCCACCAUUACUGGUUUGAGUUUGCUCUCUGCAGCCAUCAUGAAGCUGGCCAAAGAGGAUAACCCAGAAAACUGGGUCAAUGUUAUCCUAAAGCCUCGAUCCCUCUAUGUAAUUAAGGACAAGGCUCGCUAUCAGUUCACCCAUGAAAUUCUGAAAGACAGCGAAUCACUGUUCAGAGGUGAGAGGGUGGCACGAAGGCGCCGAAUUUCCAUUGUGUGCCGGAACGAACCUUGUUGAUAAGUGUUACAAACAAAUUUGACCCUUGUAUGCAUGACAUGAUUCUCAUCCCAAAUCUAGGACGUUAUGGGUAAAAUGAACAAUAUUCACAGCAUAUGUAAAGGUACAUGUACAGUCCAUCAUUUGUCAUUUGUACAUUAUAUUCCUUUGUAGUAACAAAUGUGUUCAAAAUGUAAAGAAAGGAGCCUAACUAUUAACCUGAUAUUUCAACUCUGUAAAGUCUGUACACUGCGUGACAAAAAUAUUCUAGGAUCUUGAUUUCAAAUAAGGUGCAGAGUCAUGCUUUGAAAUUCACCCAACUUCAGCAUGGGACACGUUCUCAUUCAACCAAAUGCAGCCAUGUGAUAUCGUACACUGAACUAAAGAAUUAUAGUAACCGCAUCCAUGUGUGUGUCAUGUCAACGAUUCACCAAAUUAAAAACUACUGACGACAGAUUCUAAAAAUGCGUCUUUAGAUGUAUCGUCGGAAAAAGCCUUGUUUUAUUGUUUUCUUUGAAAAUAGAGUUUCCAGAAAUCUAGAGUAAUUUUACAGGGAGUUAAGGAGGCCUACCAUAACAAUCUUUAAACCGAGUAUGCUUUUCAACAAUAUUUUUGUCAGUUCCUUUUUGAUAACUGCAAUUGAAAAUGACGACUGUAUUUUUAAUGAUUGGUUAUGCAGUUAUUCACUCAGUGUAGAGUGAAGCAAUGUGCUGUUCAGGUGUGUUUAUCAGGGACUCAUUUUGUACACAUUUAAGCCUCGUUCAAAUGGUGACAAUGCUUCACAAUACCUUGAGCCAAGAAUGUGGGAAUACCCAACAUUGUAUGAAGGAAUAAAAAUGUUUGUGUAGGUCACAGCUCAUUAAUGAGAGGUCCUUUGGACUUUGCAGGUUAUCUUGUCAUAACAGGGACCUUGUAUUAUAGAAUAAAUGAUUGGAAUC